CCUCUGUUAGUAACAUUUACGGAACAAAUUCACAGAGAUAGGGAGGGAGAGAGAGAGAGAGAGAGAGAGAGAGAGAGAUGGAAGACCCUCUCGAUGCUUUGAGGUCUCUAAUGGCUUCCCACUCUCCCCCUCUGGAUGCCUUGGUCGUUCCUUCCGAAGAUUAUCAUCAGAGCGAAUAUGUGUCUGCAAGGGACAAAAGGCGCGAAUUUGUUUCUGGAUUUACUGGAAGUGCUGGCUUGGCACUUAUAACAACGAAUGAGGCACGGUUGUGGACGGAUGGCCGGUACUUCUUGCAAGCUACACAGCAGCUAAGUGACAGGUGGAGCCUUAUGCGCAUUGGAGAAGAUCCAGCUGUGGAGGCUUGGAUAUCUGACAAUCUGCCAAGUGAUGCUUCUAUUGGGGUAGAUCCUUGGUGUGUAUCCAUAGAUACUGCACGAAGAUGGGAGCAUGCUUUCACAAAAAAACAACAAAGGCUUGUUCAAACAUGCACAAACUUAGUAGAUGAAGUUUGGAAGAACAGACCUCCACCAGAAAGUAAACCUGUUAUUAUACAACCACUGGAAUAUGCUGGGUGUGCGGUAGCUGAGAAAUUAAAGGAUCUGAGAGAAAAGCUUGCAAAGGAGAAAGCUCGUGGUAUCAUAAUUGCAGCUCUUGAUGAAGUAGCUUGGUUAUAUAAUGUUCGUGGGAGUGACGUGUCUUACAAUCCUGUUGUUCAUGCAUUUGCUAUUGUAACAUCGAGCUCAGCCUUCUUUUAUGUGGACAAGAAGAAGGUGUCUGCAGAGGUCAGCUCAUAUAUGGAGGAGAAUGGAAUUGAAGUCAGGGAUUAUGAUGCAGUGAGCUCAGAUGUUGCAUUGCUUGCAUCUGGUCAGCUUAACUCGGCUGCAACCAAGGGAACUCGAACUGAAGUUCCAAAUGGUGCUGGACUCUGUUCCACUGAGACAGUAAAUGCUGAAAGUGAAGCAGAGGAAGUCAGCCAUAACAUCGUAUGGGUUGACCCUGGUUCAUGCUGCUAUGCGCUGUACUCUAAACUCAAUUUUGACGAGGUUCUACUGCAGCAGUCACCAUUAGCACUUGCAAAAGCCAUCAAGAACCCGGUUGAGUUGGAUGGCUUGAGAAAGGCACAUAUCCGAGAUGGUGCAGCUGUUGUGCAAUAUCUUGUCUGGUUGGAUAAACAGAUGCAAGAGAUUUAUGGGGCUUCUGGUUACUUCUUGGAACCUGAGGGAACAAAUAAGAGAAAGCAUUCGGAAACAAUGAAACUGACGGAGGUUUCUGUGAGUGAUAAGUUAGAGGGCUUCCGUGCAACAAAAGAGCAUUUCAGAGGGUUAAGUUUUCCAACUAUAUCAUCAGUUGGGCCAAAUGCAGCAAUUAUUCAUUAUGGACCAGAACCAGAAAAAUGUGCUGAACUUGAUGCGGAUUGUAUUUACUUAUUUGAUUCAGGAGCACAGUAUCAAGAUGGAACCACUGAUAUAACACGUACAGUUCAUUUUGGCAAACCUUCAGCUCAUGAGAAGGCAUGCUAUACUGCGGUUCUCAAAGGCCAUAUUGCUUUGGAUACUGCCAGAUUUCCCAAUGGAACGAAUGGACAUGCUCUUGACAUUCUUGCUCGUGUUCCAUUAUGGAAGGAUGGUCUUGAUUAUCGACAUGGAACUGGUCAUGGGAUUGGAUCCUUCUUGAAUGUUCAUGAAGGACCUCAUUUAAUUAGUUUUAGGCCACAAGCUCGAAAUGUGCCAUUACAAGCUUCAAUGACUGUAACAGACGAACCUGGUUACUAUGAGGAUGGGAAAUUCGGCAUAAGAUUGGAGAAUGUGCUUAUAGUCAAGGAGGCUAACACAAAAUUCAAUUUUGGAGAGAAGGGUUACUUAGCUUUUGAGCACAUAACAUGGGCUCCGUACCAGAAAAAAUUGAUGGACCUGCGACUCUUAGCACCUGAAGAGAUAGAGUGGGUAAACACAUACCACACCAGAUGUAGAGAAAUUUUGGAGCCAUACUUGGAUGAAUCAGAGAUGGCAUGGCUGGCAAAAGCUACCAAGCCUGUAAGUGUGUAAAGGCAUCUAUUCUCAGAAUCCAUUUAGAGCAUCAUCUACUGCUUCAGCCAACAAUCUGAAAGGUGCCUUAUUAAUUAUUACUGUGGCACUUUCACAAUCUAACUGAGCUGAAAAUUUCUGUACCUAUCAUUGAGCUUUAUCCCUGGAAUCCAGAUGGGAAAUUAUCCUGUUUCAUACAUCUUUUGGUCAAUGGGAAUGC